CUGGGGUCCUCAAUCUCUAUCCACAUUAUCCAAGAUGGCUGCGACCAUAACAGGUUUAUUAAAACCUUGGACACCGAGAGUGUUCUCAGUGAGAUGGAGCAGAUACAAUCCAUACUACCUGGAGCCAGACCCUCGGAAAGACGUGUACGAAAUUCCGGAGAACGAAUUAACGGCUGAGCAGAAAGAGGAGCGUGAGCGAAAGGCUGUCAGUCCGAUAAAGGCAGCAACUAGUGGGGUCACAAGCUCUUUAUUCCAAGAACCAGAUUUGAACAAAUUCAUCAAUAUGAUGAUGAAAGAUGGCGACAAGGUCACAGCAAGAGGUAUUAUGAAUCAGACUUUGGAAACCAUAAAGAGGAAACAGGUGGAGAAGUACCACAAAGCUCCCGAUGGUAACAAGGCAGAGAUAGAGUGUAAUCCUUAUGCUAUAUUUCACAAAGCAUUGGAGAACUGUAAACCUGUCAUUGGCCUGGCUAGCAUACAGAAAGGGGGCAAGUUCUACCAGGUGCCCAUCCCCCUGACUGAGAACCGCAAGCGUUUCCUAGUUAUGAAGUGGAUGAUUGGAGAGUGCAGGGACCACAAGCAUCGACGCACACUCAUGUACGAGAAGCUUUCCCAAGAACUGCUAGCUGCCUAUGUCAAGGAGGGUAAUGUCAUCAAAAAGAAACAUGAAAUGCACAAGAUGGCUGAAGCCAACAGAGCUUAUGCCCACUAUCGCUGGUGGUAAAUGGAUCAACUUCAAAAGGUGACUCAAGACUGGAAACAAACUGCUUCAUGUGGUUGUCUUUCCAACUUUCUGAGGGGAAAGUGGAUUCACAGUAUACAACUCGACAUCUGGUCUGUGUAUUGACAGAUAUUGUAAAUAAAGUGGCCAGAGGCCAUUAUUGUGAUAUAUUCAAAAUGGUGUAUUUCCACAGUGAUCUAAACAAUGAUUUGUCACUGUGUUUCUGUUUUAAUAUUGUGAAAGGCUCAAUAAAAACUUCAUGUGAAGUAACUGUAAAUGUUGAUUAUUGAAAUGCAAUUACAUAACCACUGAUAUAUGCAACAUUUAAAAAGAAAACUGUUCUAAACAUUUUACCCAGUUUGAUUUAUUUUAACAAAUCAACAUGUCAAUGUACUGAAAAAUGGAAACCAAGCAGUGAACUUUCCAUUUGGAACAGGUUAGUGAUGGCAAUGGUUCUAUAAAAAUAUAAGUCUAAGACCCAUCCUACCAUGGAACCAUCUGUAUUCAGAAUAGGUACAUGUACAAAAGGUUCCAGUAUAUUUGGUAAUUAGAUAGAAAAAAGACAUGACAUCAGGAAAACCUUUCUAGUUUCACUUGCAACUCUAUUACAAUGGUGAUGUAGUGUGAAUAUGGUAAUAAAUACACAUAUAUCUUAAAAAUUUAAGCUAUAAAGAAUGUACUCAGAGACUUGAACCCCAAAAGUAUAUCUGGACUAGUAGGCUUACACCUAUGGCAGUACCCAGUAGCAGUCAUGCAACUUGGUUAGUAGCUCAUAUUGUUACUACUGGUAACUAGCAAAAAAGCUAAAUUAAGGUCAAGUACAGGUUGCUUAAAUCUAUUAAA